GACGCUAAAAUGCACUGUAUGAAGUUAGAAGGCUGUCGCGCUCAUGUUGCUGACAACUAGGCUAGAUGUAUUUCAGUUAAGUUGCAACACGCAGAAUUUCACAUGACGUGAGAAAACACACUCGCUGCGGGUUUCAACGCAAGAUCCUCUGCUAUAAAUCCGCAUCUGCACCCGACACAUAAGCCAAUACAGGAUACCUGCAUCCUCAUUGUCGGACUCUGACGUCAAACGUUACCACCGCCCUGCAGUGCCAGGGGUUCUAGUUGAUGGAGAGGAGAGAAGCGGCCCUCGUUACAAUGGACCAGGAUUUGGAAACUAAAUUCCUGCUUUGAGAGAGGGAAAAAAACAUGAACGAAAGAGACCUCUCUCGGAAGCUAUGCUUAUUCGAAACCUGGAAUACCACCGGAGUGUUCUACCGAAAGGAAGCAGCGCUUAUAGCGUCUCAUGUGGAAUUUCAGGGGGCUUUCCUGCAAGAGCGGCGAGACCGGGGGAAAUCUGCAGGAACAUUUCAUUUGCAAAACAGCAAAGUGAUUGGCAGUCACCUUGUUCUGAAAUGACUGCAAGAGCAUUACGAGCUGAGGUGGUUAGCUACUAGUAAUGACAUUUCGGGGUGCAGCUUCAGUUUUUUUAAUCAUAUACUUGAGCUCAUUGGAAAAAUAAUAUAACUGAUAUUUUGACUUUGCUGACAUCAGCUGUUUAGCUAGCUAGCCCGCUAGCUGUUGUUUUGCAAUGAAGGAAUGUUAGUGGCUGCACGCUUGUGAAUUCUGCGACAUGGCCUGCUUUUUGCUGGGAAAACCCUUUCUUGCUGGCUUGUUUGUUAUAGACACCUUGCAGUCGCCUAGCGUGCAUGCUAAUAAUACAGUGCUGUAGCUUAGCUAGCUAACUACAUACGAAUAACAUGGGAAGUAUUUCAGUAGGAGAUAAAUUGUUGUUUUGACUGGCCAGCUAUUUAAAAUCUUUGCUUGAGUUAAUCAGUCGGUGCAAUGUCUAUUAGGACCGUUGAGCCCAGCUAGCAGUGCGAACCGGCAAGCCUGGGCUGGAAUAUGCCUAAGAAGGACAGUGGCAGCUCGAUGCUGAAUGUCGUGUCCUGGCUGGCUUUUUCAGGGACGCGCACUAGCGAGAAAGGGAAAGGGGGCUAUUACGUUGGUUUGACAGGUAGCCUGGCUGGGCUAGAUGGAUAUCUUGCUAUGGCUUAUUUUUAUUCAAAAAUUACCAUAAAAAGAGAACUUGCCUCCGACAAAAUGAGCAAGGAAUUUCACAGUAAACAUCCAGAUUCCAUGAUAAGGCACUGAAAAUGUUCGAGCGUUAGACUGUCCGCUUAUUCAAGCUAACUUACGAACAUCUUGCGCUAUUUUGUAAUUUACAGCCUAUUUGUCGUGGGUCUCCGAUAAUCGCAGUGAUGUCUAAAUCGGCGACUAAAGAAAAGAAAUCUUUCAGCAAGAAGCUGUUCCGCAGGGGCUCCGUGCGCUCCGUGGGGAGUUUCAUGAGCAGGGUGCUGAGGACUCUCUCUACCCUGUCUCACUUCGGCACGGAGGAACACGCCGCCGAACACGAGAAAGACGACGGGGGCUUCACUUUAUUUAAGACUGGUGCCAAAGGUUCCGUCCCCUCAGCUGAAAGCGACUGCUUUCUGGCCGGAGACAAGAUCCCCGGAGUGUCCGGGCUCAAGAAUCAUGGGAACACUUGUUACAUGAAUGCAAUUCUGCAGUGCCUGAGUAACACUGAGCUCUUUGCGGAGUAUUUGGCGUUAGAGCACUACCGGGGGGAGGACGCGGAGGAGGACAAAUCCAGGUCCAGCAGCGUCUUUUCGUACAGAAAGGGUGUACACGAGAGGGGGGAGGUCACGGAACAGCUGUCCAGUCUGGUUCGAGCUUUAUGGACCUUUGAAUACACUCCGCAGCAUAGCCGGGAAUUCAAGAACGCCGUGUCCAAGAAUGCCCUGCAGUACCGUGGCAACGCCCAGCACGACGCCCAGGAGUUCCUCCUCUGGCUCCUGGACCGGGUCCACGAGGACCUCCACAGCCAUCCCAGCAGCAGGCCUUGCAUGAAGCCGCCCAUAGAAGACUGCGGAGCGUCAGAAGGACCGCCCUUCCCCCUGACGGCCGGCUCCUUUGUGCAGGAGCUCUUCCAGGCUCAGUACAAGUCCUCCCUCACCUGCCCCCACUGUCAGAAACAGAGCAACACCUUUGACCCGUUCCGCUGCAUCUCCCUGCCCAUCCCCCUCCCCCACACGCGGCCCCUGUACAUCACCGUGGUCUACCAGGGGAAGUGCUCCCACUGUAUGAGGGUUGGAGUGGCCGUUCCACUGUCCAGCACCGUGUCCCGGCUCAGAGAGGCUGUUUCCCUGGAAACCAAGAUCCCCCCUGACCAGAUCGUUUUGACUGAAAUGUAUUACGAUGGCUUCCACCGCUCCUUUUGCAACGACCAUGAUGACCUCAGCAUCAUCCAGGAGAGCGACUCAAUCUUUGCGUUCGAAACCCCAGAGACAUUUCGACUGGAAAGUAUCCGCGCUCAAAGAGGAAGCCUGCUGGUCAACCUAAAUCAGAACAACCUGAAGUACGGGGCAGAGAACGCCAGGACCUCGUCAUUCAUGCAGGGGGCGAUGCUGCCGGCCAAUAAGAACACGGGAUCCGAAAAGAUGAUCCUGCUAGUGUGCAACCGGGCCUGCUCCGGGCACCAAGGACGCAGGUUCGGCAAUCCGUUUGUGCUUUACCUGGAGCGAACUGUGACCUGGGACGUUCUUCAGAAAGAGAUUCUGGAGAAGAUGCGACACCUGCUCAGGCCGGGGGUCUUCGUUCAGGUGGGUCCCUUCAGUCUACGGGUGGUGGGUCUGGUUGGAAUCACGUACCUUUUACCUCAAGAGGAGCAGCCCCUGUGUCACCCCACAGUAGAGAGGGCGUACAGGUCCUGUGGGCAGGGAGGUCCUCCGCAUGUGAAGAUUGUGGUGGAGUGGGACAAGGAGACCAAGGAUUAUCUGUUUGGCCACACGGAGGAAGAGUACAUCCCCGAUGCUGAGAGUGUUCGGAUCCAUAGGGAACAGCACCACCACCCCCAGGCCUGCACUCUGGCCCAGUGCUUCCAGCUAUACACCAAAGAGGAGCAGCUCGCCCUGGACGACGCCUGGCGCUGUCCCCACUGCAGGCAGCUGCAGCAGGGCCGCAUCAAACUCAGCCUGUGGACCCUGCCUGACAUCCUCAUACUGCACCUGAAGAGAUUCAGACAGGAGAUGGACAGGAGAGUGAAGAUGCAGAACAUGGUGCGGUUCCCCCUGCUUGGGUUGGACAUGGCGCCCCACGUGGUGAAGAGAAGCCAGAGCAGCUGGAGCCUGCCCUCUCACUGGUCACCGUGGAGACGCCCCUACGGCCUGGGCCGCGACCCCCAGGACUACCUGUACGACCUGUACGCCGUGUGCAACCACCACGGGACCAUGCACGGCGGCCAUUACACAGCGUUCUGUAAGAACUCGGUCGACGGGCAGUGGUACUGCUUCGACGACAGCGACGUCCAGCCCAUAGCCGACGAAGAGGUCUGCAAGCCCACGGCCUACAUCCUGUUCUACCAGCGCAGGACCACCAUUCCUUCCUGGUCGGCUAACAGCUCAGUCGCAGGCUCCACCAGCUCCUCUCUCUGUGAGCACUGGGUGAACAGGCUCCCCGGCAGCAGGCAGCCCAGCGUGGCGUCUGGCUCCUCCUCCCGCCGCACCUCCCUGGCCUCCCUGGCCGAGUCGGUGGAGUUCACCGGGGAGCUGAGCGGAGACGAUGGAGGAUUCUCAACCCGUCCGUUCGUGCGUAGCGUCCAGCGUCCGAGCUCUUCCAGGUCGUCCAUGGCCAGCCCACUGGCCCUGUGCGAGAACGGCAUCAAGCCGUCCUGGUCGCUGUCGGCCAAGCUCCACCUGCGCUCGAGCUCGCCCUCGCGCUUCUCCCUCGACUCCUUCUCCUCCUCCGGGCUGGAGCGGAUCGGCGAGGCCUCCUCCUCUGCCGCCGCCGACGACAAGGUGUCCACCUCCUGCUUCGGCCGCUCGUCCAGCGGCAGGGCGCCGCUGGCCAUGACGGAGAGCGUCACCAGCGACGACGGGAGCAGCAGGAAGUCGCUGGACGAGCCCUACCGCAGGGCCCCGCCCCCGGCCGAGAGGAGGGCCGCCAAAGCCGAGCUGCUCGACAACAACAACCGGGCCCCGCCCGGCGACUCCGGGGCCCCCUCCGGCAAGCAGAAGGCCGGGGCGGGGACCGGCGACUCCGGGGCCCCCUCCGGCAAGCAGAAGGCCGGGGCGGGGACCGGCUCCACCCAGAAGCCGGAGGGGGUGUCGGCCAAGAGGAGCUCCAGCAAGACUCAGGCGGAUUCGGAGAAGAGCUCCAAGAAAAAGCAGGCGUCGUCCUCCACCCAGAGCCCACCCACCCCCCAGGCGUCCAGCACCCAAACAUCCAACCCCCAGGUGUCCAACGUUAAGACGUCUAACACUAAAGUGUCCAACACUAAGAUGUCCAGCGCUAAGGCGUCCAACCCUAAAGUGUCCAACACUAAGGUUUCCAACGCCAAGUCUAAAGGGGACUCCAAGACCAGCAAGGCGUCUUCGUCCUCUUCCGGGACGCCAUCCAAGAAGGAGGCGCCCCCGAGCCAGGAGGGGGCGCCGGCGGCUGUGGGCACUCCCAGGAAGCAACGGGUCCCGUCGGGGGCGCAGUCGUCGGCCUCGCCCUCGCCGGCUGGCAGGAGGGCCCCGGGGGGGGAGCGGGGCUCGGCGGGCGGGCGGAGGAAGCCGGGGGAGCGGGGCAGCCCCCUGACGGACAGGCCCCGGUCGGGCAGGUCGGGCGAGGGAGGGCGCCCCGAGCGGAGGCUGGUCAGGAGCUCCAGCAGCAGCUCCUCCGUCACCAGCCUCCGCUCGCCCGCCGGCCCCUCCUCCUCCUCCUCCCGCGACCUCCGCAGAGGCAGCCGGUCCGAGGACAAGGGGCUGUCCUUCCUCAAGUCGGCGCUCCGGCAGAAGGAGACGCGGCGCUCGGCGGACCUCGGCAAGUCCGCCCUGCUGGCCAAGAGGGCGGCGGAGGCGUCCGGCAGGGCGGGCGGGCAGCCGAAGGGCAUCGGGACCCCGGGGGGCGGCGAGGGGUCGGGGAAGAGCUCACGACAGGGCUCCCCGGAGCCCCGCUCGGGCAAGGCCGGGGUCAAGGCGAAGGAGGCCGCCAAAUCCACCCCCGCCAAGAACUCGCCCUCCGGCAAGACCAAGUCUUCCGGCACGGAGCCCGGCUCCCGGUCCCCGGAAAGCGGGACGGCGUCGCUCGAGAGGACGCCGCCCAGCAGGAAGCUUUCUCCCAGCAUGCAAUCCUCCGCGCCGCCCACGGCCCAGCCUCAGUGAUGUCGGGACUGCACUUUCAUUUCUCCUGUAACGCAGCUAUUUUUGUAUGUGCCUACUAUAUAUUAAGAUAUAUAUGAUAUAUAUAUUUUUCUUUUUAAAGAAAACCUAUUGUACAUUACGAAACAGCCUUUGUCCCUAAUCCUGCCGUGAGCCAGAUAACGGCCAUUGGCUGGAUCUGGUACUAGAAUCCACUACUGUACACUAAACCGAAUAGCUAUCUUGGGAAUGUGUUUUCGAAAGAAGACGUAUAUCGUGUGUAAAUUGAGUUUAUUCUUGUUUUUCCCCAGAGGUGCAACAGUUUAAUGGGUGACGUAAACACUUUGUUGCCGGGUUACUCAUAGCUCCUUUUUCUGUAGCAUGCUUUGAAGAAGCUAAUUUACGGCAGCUUGACACCGGACUCCUGGACGAGGAACUCGGAUGGUAAGAAUGCUGAUUGUGCACAUUCGAAAUGUUUAGACCUUCCUUAGGGCUAUUUUAAGGGCGAUACCCCGCAAUGAGGUCAGGAGAGGACAGAAAUGUUUGGCGCUUCACAGACAGAGGCCCAACUCUUGCGCGAAAGAGCCUAUUUUGGAGACAUCAGAGGGGAUGGUGGGGUUGUGAGACAUAACUCCACUUUUAUCUGGAUUAUGUCUGUUGAACCAGUUUGAAAGUGGAAGGCUUUCACACCAGGUGUGGCAAUUGACGUGGGAUUUAAAAAUCAGUCAACAUCUACAAUUUGGCCACUUUUAUUUUUUUUGAGUGAAACCCUGACUUGCUGUGAAUAUGACUGCUGGCUCAGGCAAGUGCUACUGCCUCUUUUUUUUUUUUAGAAAUAAGAGGAUACAUAUUUGAUACUGAAUGAUUUACCUCUUGGUGCAAUUUAGACUUUAUUUAAGGGGCAUUAUUUUUGAUGAUUGAAUAUUAAAUUGCAAUCUGCAUGUUCUUGUUUACCAGCUACUGAAGAGAUGUACCUGUAACUGAACAGAUAUUCUCUCUUGCCCAUUUGCGCCUCUGUAUGUGCGGCUUUCUCUGGUGGAUAUGUCUGGAAAGACAGAAUGUAAGCCAGAGACUGUCUGAUCCUCCUGAGACAUGCAUUUGAAUUGAUAAUCCAGUUUGUGCACUAUUCUUUGAUGCAGUCUGGUGACUCCAUAACUCCUAACUCCAUGAGGUGGCAGCAGAGGUAGGAUGCGGCAAGGAUGUGCUCUCACAACUGAUGGGGCACAUAUAGUACUUCAGGAAGUUGCAGAACACAUAAAUCCAAUUAUUGGGUGUCCAUCAAACACUCAUAAAAACCAAAAAAAAAGCCAGUUCCCAUAGGCAAAAUAAUCACAAAAUAACAACCAUAACGUUUUAGUAUACCUGGCCAUAUUAAUUCACAACAGUCCGACAGUCCAGUCUGCCAAGAGAACAGACAUUUUUAUUCGUGUUCUGUUGGGGUUGUAUCUGGGUUAUUUUCUUCACAAGCUUAUAUUUGAAAGUAUAAUGUUAAAUACUAUAAUAAAGUUUAAUUUGCCCCAAAGACCUCUGGUUAAAGGUUAGCUGUUCUGCAUCAGAAGUCAAAAUUGGGGUCUCUGUAUAACAUUUUCAAUUCAUUGAGAACAUUUUUGUCAAUUUACCGAUUUAGCUAAAUUUAAAUGGAACUGAGUCAAAUCCUGGGAGAGGCGGUUGGCAUUUUAAAAAUAAUAAUAUUCCCUGCAUAGGCUCUAGCACCUCCCCGCAACCCUGCCCAGGAUAAGCGGGUACAGGUAAUGGAUGGACCCUGACCAGGAUAAAUGGGUAUAGAUAAUGGAUAGACCCUGUCCAGGAUAAGUGGGUAUAGAUAAUGGAUGGAUAGACAUUCCCUGGUCAGCUUUGAAUGAGAAAAGAUUCACUGCUUCUCAUGGUUAUAAGGACUGUAGUGUUGAUAUCAGCUGUAGAAUCCUGAAACUCAGCAUAAAGAAUGAAUUCUGUAAGAAUUCUUAGACAUUUUUCUCUGCAGAUUCAGAAUAGGACUUGCACCAUGUUUGUUGCGAUUGACUGAAAGUCUGGACUCGCGUUGCAUUGUGGGGCAUUGCCCUUUGGGUCGCUCCAAGGCCAGGGCUGGCGUUUCACGACCACACCGCUUCAGCUUAUAGGUCACAGGUGGCCGUGUGACCUGGUCACCUGUUCACAGUCACGAACAUUCUGACAAGACUGAGCAGCACACAGGACAGCCCGUUAUUUCAAAAAAAAGAUGGCAGUGAUCCCCACGCAUAAGACGAGCGGAGGCUGAGUUUAAGCUACACACAUCGCCAUAUAACCAGAACAGGAGAAACACAUCGCGCUACGUGUACCGGCGUAACGACCGACCGAAAGCAAGACGCGGGGUUGCGAGUCCACUGAACGGUUAUGGUUUUUAUUUUCCCCCCGGUGCUGUUUAUUGGAAUAAUGCAUCGCUACCCCUCGUAAAGGCCUUGUAGGUUUUCCCUGCAUAAAGGGCAAAGCAAUCAGCUUUUUAACACGCUAAUGCACAGAUUAAUAAAAUAUAUCAAAAAUUAAUGGAAAUAAUUAUGGGUGAAAAUUUGCAUGAUAUUGCCCGUGCAUGCGUGUAAGCUAUUUAGCAAAGCAGCUAACUGUUGCCAUAUUGGCUGCGUAAAGUGAAAACGCUACUGUUUAAGACUGGAAUAUAUAUUUUUACCGUAUCCUUCCACAUGCUGGCAAAGAAACGCAUGGACAGCGUCUUACAUGGUUCUCAUCUUACAUCAUUUCCUGUGCACACAUUCAUUACCAUCGCUUGUUAUUAGAGAUGCUGUGCCACACGGUGCAAAAAAAAA